GAGUCUCUCUCAGACUACAACGCUCGCCUGCGCUUAGAUGUGGAGAGGCAACUGAAGCGGAUUUUCUGCCCAAUCCAAGAACCUCACCUGAACAUCCCUUCCUACUGGCAGAACUUGAACGUGGAUUAUAGCGGCAAAUUGGCUGUGCGGAGCUCUGUGAAGCAGAAAGGCCUGAAGCCUGAGCCGGUGGUUUUCGUCGAGAUCGAACCGGGGCAACAGGUAGAGCUGCUGAAUAUGUGUCAGCACUUCAGCUCUUUGACCCGGCCAUUUCAACCUGGAGGUGAAUCGGAUGCAGCAAUCAUGACGCGGCCCGCGUUUUGUAGGCUUCUGUUGGAGCUCACGAUUGCCGAUUCGGCAGGCUCAGUCAUGUACCACUCUGCCAUCGAUAUUUUUGACGCCAUGGCAACGGUGCAGAGCUUCAAGGGAUUGCCAUUGACCAGUGCGACGGUGCAAGGCAUCUUGUUGGACGAUCACAGUGAUCGAGUGAUUCAGCUCUUUGCUGGCGUGCUGGCACAGGCAGGGCGGCAGGCCCAAACAUCAGAAGAUGCAUUUUUUACUAAGGAAACAACAAGAACCACUAGUAGAAAACUAUCAUGUUUUUUGUAUGGAACGUAUGGGAAAAGUUAUUGUUUCAUGAUCUGUACAUGGAUGUAUUUCCGGAAAUUCUAA